AUGGCUGGAGUGUUUGACAUUGAUUUGGACCAGCCGGAGCAAAAUCUCUCUGAUGACGAGACUGACGAGGUAUUUAAAGAAAGCGCACAAAUCAAUGACAUCAUGGACCAGUGCAGCGGAUUUGAAUUCAACAUGGAAGGUUGUGAGAAGAUCGAGAUAUCAGAGGACAAUGUCAAUCAGGGGACUGAGAAUAUUAGGCCAGAGUGUUUUGAAUUGUUAAGAGUUCUGGGUAAAGGCGGUUAUGGAAAGGUUUUUCAAGUUCGAAAAGUCGUCGGCGCUGCUUCAGGCAAAAUAUUUGCCAUGAAAGUCUUAAAAAAGGCAAUGAUUGUACGCAACGCCAAAGACACAGCCCACACCAAGGCAGAAAGGAACAUCCUGGAGGAGGUGAAGCAUCCUUUCAUCGUCGAUCUCAUCUAUGCCUUUCAGACAGGCGGGAAGCUGUACCUCAUCCUGGAGUACCUGAGCGGAGGAGAACUGUUCAUGCAGCUGGAGAGGGAAGGCAUUUUCAUGGAAGACACAGCCUGUUUCUACCUAGCAGAGAUCUCCAUGGCUCUGGGCCACCUUCACCAGAAGGGCAUCAUCUACAGAGACCUAAAGCCUGAGAACAUCAUGCUAAACAAUCAAGGUCAUGUCAAGUUAACAGAUUUUGGACUGUGCAAAGAGUCGAUUCAUGACGGUACAGUCACCCACACUUUCUGUGGUACCAUUGAAUACAUGGCACCAGAGAUCUUAAUGCGAAGUGGACAUAACAGAGCUGUAGACUGGUGGAGUCUGGGUGCUCUGAUGUAUGACAUGCUUACUGGGGCGCCGCCGUUCACUGGCGAAAACCGAAAAAAGACCAUUGAUAAAAUCUUGAAGUGCAAGCUCAGCCUCCCACCCUACCUCACACAGGAAGCAAGAGACCUCCUGAAACGGUUGCUGAAGAGAAAUGCCUCAUCGCGGUUGGGGGCGGGUGCAGGGGAUGCCACAGAGGUGCAGGCACAUCCCUUCUUCCGACACAUUAACUGGGAGGAUUUGCUGGCUCGUAAAGUGGAGCCUCCCUUCAAACCUUUCCUGCAAUCAGCUGAAGAUGUGAGUCAGUUUGACUCUAAAUUCACUAGUCAGACGCCAGUAGACAGCCCUGAUGACUCGACACUUAGUGAGAGUGCCAAUCAAGCUUUCCUGGGGUUUACGUAUGUGGCUCCUUCAGUCCUGGAAAAUAUCAAAGAGAAGUUCUCCUUUGAGCCAAAAAUCCGUUCACCUCGACGAUUCAUCGGCAGCCCGAGAACGCCUCUCAGCCCAGUGAAAUUUUCAGGCGGGGACUGUUGGCCGCGGAGUGCCCUGCUCCCCAGCGGUGGGCCGAGUGUCCUCCAGUCUCCUCAGGAACAGGCCAUGGAAGUCUCCACCCCGGAGCAGAUGGAUGUGACCACCAACUCUGAAGCCUCAGCCCCUCUUCCAAUUCGCCAGCCUGCUGGGGUUAACCUGGCUCAGAUGAAGCAGCAAGCGUACCCUGUUGUGGCCAAACGGCCCGAGCAUUUACGUAUGAACUUAUGA